UGACCAUACGAAUUGUAUAUUAUGAUCUACUGACCGCCUGACGAUACUUCGUCUACAUUAAAAUAUUAUUAUUAAGUAAUCCUUAAAGUUGUAUUUAACACUUUGUCUAUAAUUUAUACGACCUAUAUGUUAAAUUAAUUAUUUUUGCAGUGUACAACCGGUAAUAAGUGAAUGAUAGAAUGGCCUACUGACCUGCUGACGACAAAUCGUCUUUCAAACUGCAUACUUUUAGAAACGCGAUUUGUGAUAUGUUAUUUGUUUAUAUAAUCUAUUUACUCUACUUUUUUUGUUUACCGACUCUGCGUAGACGUCUUAGUUACUUCGUAUUGCGUUAUUGUUCUGCAACAUUAUUCAUAUACGCAUUAUAAAUUGAUUAUAAAAGGGUCUACUGACCUACUGACCCUUCAAUGUCCUUCAUGCGACUAUUUUUACUCAAACUUAAUGAUGAUUAUUUUUAAAACAGCAAACAUAAUAAUUCUACUAUUAUAUACUAACAAUUACAAAUGAAUUUUCAUCUGCAAUUGUUAAUGUAAGAUAGCAGAAUUAUAAAUCUUAACUAUUUUUUUAAAUACUUCAUCAUUUAUAUUGAGAACAAAUACAUAAGCAGAGAAUUCAACCUUUAAAGGCAGUUCACCCUCCUUCAUUGCAGAACAUUUCUGGAUAAAUUGAUGUACUGGCUCCUUCCGCCAAAAUUUCGCUCGUUCAUGUCGUUCUGCUCUUUGGUACAUUGAUCGCUAAUACAAUGAGAGAGAUUUGCUAUAUUCUUUUGUUUACAGAGAUUUUAACAGAGUAGGUGCAUUUAAUGUUCCACUUUUCAAAUUCAGCGUUAUUAUAACAACCAAUCAUUUAUUUUCCUAUAUCACUUUUUUCAAGAGAAUCUGUUCAAUUUUUUUUCCCUGAUUUUACAUAUUCUUCAUAUUUUCUGCAAAAUUGACAAACGUAAGUUUCUUCACUGAUUAUUUGUAUUUCCCUAUCACAUCGAAUCGUGCAUUUCUCGUGAUUUUUGCGAUGGCAUAUUAGACAUUCAAUUUUUUUCAAAUCUAUUUUCUUACACGAACAAUAAAUGCACUGGUCUUCCAUGUUUGCGGAUUUCAGCAAUAAUGUGUGAGCGACUGUUUCUCGAAAUUCUAUAGGAUUAAAAUUAAUAUUAAAUGCAUUUUGCUUUCCGAUGCAAUCCAUGUAGUGCAUCACAUACAAGCCACAAUUGUCGGUAUCAGAUGGUGAUUGGUAAGGACGAUUCUUCAUUACGUCACCUUUCACCCACUUUAUAUUUUUCAAUUUCUUGAAUGACGAUCCUUCGCAACAGUUAUCAAUAAAAUGCUUUAGAGCUCCUACAAUUCUAGUAUAGUCUUCCCGAAAUUCGUAAGGAUUGAGUAAUGUCAACUCUUUUUUCUCAAUAUUGAGAAUUACUAGUUGAAUGUGGUGAUUAAAUGAGUACGGCAUAAAUACUAUGUUCUGCAAGGCCUCAGUUGUCUGGCUAAUUCGUAGAUUUCUAUUCACUCUUUUUUCACUGUCUUUCCCUACGAUUGGGGUCGCAUCGUCUGUGGAGAUGUACGUUAAAUCAAUCCACUCAUCAAGACAAGCAGCAGCAAAGGCAUCAACGAUUGUUAAAUUAACCUCAUCCUCUCUUAGAAGGGUCGGAAAUUCUCUCGUAGUCACGGUAAUUAAUUUUCUAUUCAGGUAUUUAUUAACAUCAUAGCGUGCGAUAGUUACCUCUUUAUGUUCCCAAUUCAUAUAAUAGUAAGGAUCUUUGACUAAACCGUUAAAGAAUCUUGUAACACUAAAUGUACCUUCUUUAACAUUUCUGGCUUUAUCAAACUCUAAUACUUCUACGGCAUCGUUAUGUGAAAUCUUGUUUCAUUUUUCAUCAAGUGACACCAGCUUCGAAAUCUUGCAUGGAUUACUAUCCUCAAGGCACGGUGAAUGAUCUCUUUUUCGUUUGUUGAUUUGUUUCUCAGUGUCAGAUUCAUUUUCAUUCCCGGCUUGUACUUGAAUAAUUUCUGAGACACUUUCCUCUUUAUUUUUCUCUAAUUCUUGUACUUCCCGUGACAUUUCUUUGAUGUCCAACAACCUACCCACUCUGAAUAGUGCACCUAUAUUAAUUUUCGUCGUUCUCUUUCUCCUUGGCUGUUUUUGCUUAGCCCAACUUUCUUCCACGAGAGGAUUCGACGCAUCAUCCUCUUUCGCAUGUUCCACUAGCGCUUCUUCGCUUUGCAAAAUAUCGGUUGUUCUUGAUUUGUUCUUCGUAAUUUUACUCUUUUUAUUUGACUUUCUUUCUGCAGAAAUUUCACCCGCUUCGGAUUUUAACUGAGAAUUUUCCAAUGUAUUACGUGAUUUGCUUUCUCUAGACGUGUUCUGUUUUUCAGAUGCUACCGUAGGAUACAAUGGCCUUUUGCGCGAGUUUUUCGUUCCUGUCAGCUUCUCAUUUGCUGCAAUUAGCGCUCGAGUGGAUUCUUGAUCUGUCUUCAAUGCUCUGACUACAUUACCUAUCGAAGACUGACUGUAUCCUUUUAAUACUAGCUCUUUCAUGGUUUUAUUAGAGCUUUCGACGUAUGCAUUGCUAACUCUAGAGAUUCCUGGAGCAAAUAUAUCCAAGUCCAAUGAACUCCAUAGAAUUGCGUAAGGCAUCCACUUGGUUAUUACUUUUUCCAUGAAGUCUGGAGCGUAAAAUGGAUUAAUUUCCUUUUCUGAAAAAUCUUUUUCAUUACGUCGAAUUGCAAUCGUUUGCUCAUCUGCCAUAAUUUUAUUAAACUCUACGUAAUACGGUGAAUUUCUAUAGAUUGUUUCACUUUUUUCAAUAUCAUCACAAAUCGUGUUGAGCUCUUCGACAUCUUCUUCAUCUUUAACUGUUCCAGCAGCACUCUCAAAUGUGGAAGCAUGAUGAUUUUUCAAUCCAGUUAUUACUCGUAUGCUGUCUUCAGCUAUUUUUGCAGAUUUAUUCAAAAAAAUAACACAUACAUGUUUAAACAGCUCGUACAUAUGCUCUAAAUUUCUAGCCACGCAUAAUAGUUGCAUACAUCCUUUGAGAACUUGCUUAAAUGUCGGAUAUGUUUCAUCUGUUUUUCUUGCUACGUACACUUUGUCAAUAGUCUGCGUUAUAUUGUGUGAAAAGUGAGCAAAACAUAAUUUCACAGCUAUGAAAUCAGCAGGUAGGUUUUCUUUUUUAAGUAGAACAUUGAAUGUAAGUCGUAAAUACCUUUCGUACAAUAGAUCCAGUUGCAUCAAUAUGUAAAAUAACGUCUUUUUGACCUGCCAAUAAAUCGAGAUCUUUUUCUGCAUACAUAUGCGCUGUCAAAUCUAGGCCAACAAAUCUCAAGAAGGGAUCUUUUAAUUUACUUUCAUCUAUCCACAUUUGAAUGAGAUCUCCUAGAUCAAAGGAUUCCAAUUGCAAACGAUUUUUACAUUUAUCUUCAGAGCUGACCUUGUAGUAAACGUGUGCUCUUCGUAUACUACCCGGAUGGCCAUCUCCUAGAAGUUCAGUGCUGUUCUCUGUUACUACUUUCUUGAUAAGAGAUUUAACAGAUUGAGUCACGCAAGUCCGUGUCGUAAUUAGCCAUUUCUGGCACCGUGUAUAUCGCACUCUCUAAGCUCGUGCGCUAACCUCACGCUGCCGAAAAGAACUGCAUACGCCACGAAUUUGCGUGACUGCGGAUUUAAUCAAGCAGUGCUAUAAAAUAUUGUACGAUACUCAAGUCGUAUGUUCACUUUGCGGGACGGCGUAAGCACCCUCGCUACGCUCGGGCGCUUAACCUUUCCGUACCACAAUGUGCCUUAUACGACACUUGUACCGUAAUGUACUAGUACAGUUUUAAUUAUUUGUAAUACUAAUGUUAUUUUCAUGAAGGUUCGACAUUUCUUUUUCCAGUUGAAACGGUUUUAAAAAAUUGCAAUUUAUGGUGUAUCAUAAAAGAAUGAUAAACGAUAACAUCAAAUCUCCGCGGUAAAAAUAUAAGUAUUAUUUUUUUUCAGGUACAUACUUCAACAUACUUUUAUCAACUAUUUCAAAAUCUAUUAAAAUUCCUAAAUUAAAGUCGCUAUACAAAACGGAGUAUUUCCCCGUAAUGUUUCGGUAAAAACAAAGAAAAGGAGACUGGACGGGUGAAAUCCACUAAGUAGAAGCAGAGAUACUGGCGUGUAUGGACGCGCGCACACACACACGCAUAUAUAUUAUGCAUCCAUUAUGAUUCUAUUAAUAACCGUCCGACACUUGAAUUUUAAUGAGCACAGAUGUCGAAGGCCUGAUAAUAUUUUCUGCGGAGUACAACAUAGGAACAACAACUGCCUAAUGCUUUUUUCAAAUUGCCGGCUUUCGUUUUUUGCCGUGUGCGUUUGAUCGCAAAACAAUGACAUUUUUUCAAUUUUUGUAAUUCUAUGAGCCGGCGCGAAAUUCCAUGCGCAUGCGACUGUAAUUGUUGCGCACAAUGCGCGGGAGUACGUCCGCGCGCCUCGUGUAUGCUGCACACCGAGGUCUGUGACGGGCAAACAUAUACAUAUAUAAUGCCGCGAGAAAGCGAAGGGCUUUUCUGCGUGGCUCGAGUGCAGCAGCCAGCCCUGUUAUGCGCGUGUACACCUUCCCCACACCAGCAAGCGAUAAAACGAUUGUUAGACGCGGCUUUCUGCUUCGCGCCGAUGGGGCGCCGGAAAUCGGAAUUCUAAUUUUGAAGCUUUUGGAUCGGUACGGAUGUCCAAAGAAGCUUCUAUAAAAUUAUGAACAUACGCCAGGCGUCAUACACUCGCACCGAGCUCGAAAGUUUUUUUUGCCAAUCUACAAAAAACCCAGUAAAUAAACUAUGAGCCGCCGGUCGAACUGAAGAUGAAGUAGCCUAUAGCGUACACAGCGCAUAUCGCACCUUCUCCCCUUUCUAUAAACUGAAAAACUAAACAUCCUCCCGCUCGAAAACUGACAUUUCGCGCGCGUCAUCAAUGAAGCAUUAAACUCUCCAGCGGCGGCCAUAAAUUCGAGCGGCGCGAGCCUUGACGAGAAGACAAAUAUUAUGUACACCUUGCUGCCGUAGGUACGUGUAUUCGCAAGCUUCGCGCGCACUCCCCCCGAGUAAGCUUGACCGGCGCAGUACUCAGCGCGCGUGAAUACACGUGAAUGCCACAUACUACAACAUUCAAUAAUGGAUAAAUCGAAUGAUUAGCGAGAGGACGGGGCUAUAGUCUCAACGCUGCGUCUCAGCGCAAGCUCUUCUCUCCGUGUAUAAUAAAAAAACCACGACUAGAACGGUUGAAAGAUUUUCCACUUUUAAUUGAAUGAUAUAAACAAAUAAGAGCCAACAUACCUUUCGUACCAAAUCCGAGGUAAACACCACGUCACCGACAUCUCCAAAAUGCUCUGCUACCAGUGUAGCCGCAGCCUCGGACGUUGCAUUUCGGAUGUUGAGUAGCAUUUUACAAGUAGAUUUACAGAGAGAAAUAUAGGAAAGUAGAAAAAGUAGAAAUGCAAAAGAAUGUCGUAGAAGAAAAAGAAUGAAAAAUGAAAGAUAAGUAUGUUAAAUAAAGAGCAAGUAAUAGAGUAUAGAGUUUUAUUGGUUAAAAGCAACAGAAGCACGUGAAGCACGAAAAGUAAUGCGAUGUUGCACGCUCGGAAGUCACUUUCGUAAUGAGGAGAUUAACCGACAAAGCUAAGAAGGCGCUACUGCUACUCAUCAAUUCGGCGAAUUUUUUCUAUCGUCGACGUAAACAAGUGCCGAGUCGAGCCCUUUGCGCGCGUGCCGCUGUCGCCGGCUCGCGCCGCCACCCGCCCCACCUCCUCGCCCAGUACCUAGCCCUGCUUGACACCUCGCGCCAUAUCUCAGCGUCGCAGUAUAGACAGCUAUAACUGACCAUACUAUACGUUCCUAAUUUUCGCCGAGUUCGUUAGUGCCCACCGCCCCUCUCCCCGAUCAGUCAUUUCCAGUGCAGCAGCCUUCCCGACAACACGCGCUUUUCAACGCAACGCAACUAUGGGAAACAAUAUAAGCAACAUGGAGGACAAGUCUGAUAUGGAGAGCCCAUGCAAACGUAGCUGCAGUCAGGAUUAUAGCAUUGAAGCGCAAGUAGCCGUGCGUGGGCCGCCCGCAUGCUCGGCCGCCCCGGCAACGACCUCCGCCGGAAUUGCAGCGGAGGCAGCCAUGCAGCCGAUACCGGUAGCUGCAGCUAAAGCUCAAGCACCAUCGCCGACAUCUGCUUGGACUGGCACACGGGAGAUUCCUGCACCAUGCAGCCAUGGCUGCUUUCAGCAGCGACAGGAUGAAGCGCAGCUAGCCGUGCGUGGGCCGCCCGCAUGCUCGGCCGCCCCGGCAACGAACUCCACUGCUUAUCCCCUGGCUGCGGAGGCAGCAAUGCAGACGAUGCCGCAAGUUGCGGAUUUUACAAGGGCCGUCACAUGGGAGAUUCCAGCACCAUUGGACGUUUGCCGCCGUCAGCAGCCAUGCGAUGCACCGCAGGUAGCCGUGCGUGGGCCGCCCACAUGCUCGGCCGCCCCGGCAACGAACACCGCCGUAAGUUCAGCAACGGAGGCAGCAAUGCGGCCGAUGCCGAAAGCUCAAUUUUUUACGCGAGCCUCUUUGUCGGCAAAUUAUUGCUCCAACUGCCGUUUUGCGCAGGAGCAGUUGGCAGUAGCGAAAGAAAAGUUGAUUGAACAGGAGGCUGGAAUUGAGCAGUUGAAAAAAAAACUGAAACUAGAACGAGACUUCAUUAAAAAAUUAAAAUAUCAAAUUAAAAUAAUCAAAUAUAAUCGAAGAAAUUAAUGUAAAGAAAUUAAUAAAAUAUCGUUCUGUAAACAAAUAUACUUGUUGUACACUAUUUUUAAUCUCGUUUUCUUGGAUACUCGCUGCUGGUUUCGAGUACUGGUGGUGGUGGUCUGCUUUUCUGCAACGCGGCCUUCUGCAAGAGCGUUUACGCGGCAUAGCGGCGGCAGCUCUUUCGUCGGUCUGUAAAAAGGAUGUGCGCGAGGAGGAGAGAGAAGGGCACUACUCGGGACACACAAGAACUAAUAGGCGGAGCGAGAAACAAGCUGACCGCUAGAUAAGCGAAAGCUCGGACCCGGCGCGCGAUAAUUUAUUUCGAAUGCGCACCGGGCCUCUUAUCUACGAUUCUCUUACCUGCAGCGCGACGUCUGUAUUAUAAGGCCAACGAUCAAGUAUUGUAACAUUAUACGCGUGAUAGCAGACAAAUGACUGUCGUUAUCGAUAUACUGCAGUCAUUGUCUAAUAAUGUCAGACGUCUCACAAAAGGGAUACAUGCUGCGAUCGCUAGGAAAACGGUCUAGCGUCCUCACAUAACUUUUAAUUUUAACGAGCCGUGGGAGCGAUUCUAGCCAUUUAUAAUUCACGCGAGGUCGCUCUUUCUGUCCUGCUGCAGCAGGCCCGCUCUGCGUGGGCCUUGAGAUAAAAAACGAGGAGGCUCCUAGCAAGGCCGAGCAGUGGACACGAGAGCAACGGAUCCGUCGUGGGAGUCGCUCGCGCACAAUAGUCGGAAAGGGCGCACCUCGAAAAAUCGCGUGCGUACAACGGUGUAAUAAGGACGAACCCUGCGUGACUCCGAUAAAUGUAAGAAAAUGCAAAUACUGCCGCGGCUCUACUUGGCACAACCGAAAGUCUGCGUGAGGAAAAGUAUAUUGGGCACCUGUAACGGGCAAUAUGGAUUUUCCGUGAGCGUCAGCGUGUUUUCGUGCAGUUGUUAAAUUGGACAUUCAUCUACAGAUUUCUCUAGCGCGCCAGCGUAGUGAGAAAAAAAAUCGCGUCGUACCCGCGGCGACUAACGUAAACGCAGGGGUGCGUCGGUUGAAUUUUGUACUCGAGCAUGACUCCGCUCUCUAUUAAAAUUGAAUUGAGAGAGCGAAGGAUAAAAAUCCACUCGUGCGCAGUGGCCCGCUUUAUAGCCGAACGCUAAUUGAUUUUCCGCGCUUCACCUCCGUCUAAACGAGAUGAGGGAAGGGUGGCUUAGAAAGCCGAUAAUCCAAAAGAGCGGGGUUUAAAUCCUG